CAACCCCACUGGAGAUGGGUCGGCGUCUCAAAUGUACCCAUCUCAUCGUGGCUGCGCAAUGUAGGCGGGUUCUGAGGCCGCCUCUGUUAAUAUCAAGAGAACUCCACUGUCGAAAGGCUCUGAGUUGUUUAUAAUAGUCACGAAAUAUUGUCCCUUUGGAGUUGGCCAACAGGAACAACGGUGGCGGCAACGUUGGUUUAUGCCACGACGCUGCGUCCUCCAAACAGCCAACGGAUUCGACACAUUUGGUUGCGCAAAGGCAACCUUGCACUUGCAGAGCUGCCCAAGGCUUUCUUUGUCACAGCGCUUCAUAAGGAUAAUAUCUCCUUGGUUUCUUGAAUCAGUCCAGGAUUCUCCUCACGGCAAGAGUUACCCACCGGUGACUCGGGCUGUGCGCCUGCUUGCAAAGUCCAACUAUCUAGUCUGGCACCCCUCAUAAUAAUCUACCAUCCAUCCAUCUAUUACCCCAUCAUGGCUUGGGGAAAGCAGCACACCCAGACUCCGCCGUCAACAACGAGGCAACUCAUCCCGCUAGUCCUCACGCUGGUCGUCCUGGGCGUGAUCGCCUGGGUCUGCUACCAGAUAUACCUGUCGCUGGGCAAAAUCCAGGCGCAGGCGCGCAAGCAGAUGGGCGACCACGUCGUCUUCACCAAGGACGGCAUGCGCGUCAAUGUCCAGCACGUGGGGGCCGAGUCGUACCUGGACAAGACGCAGAGCGUGUUCGUCAAGGCGUGGGAGUUGGGGUCGUCCGCUUCGGGCGCGAACGAGCAGGAAGAUGCAGGAAAGCGGAAGAGGCAUAUGCUCACGAGAUCGAAGCCGGGAGAGGGGCAAUCAUGACAAGCCGC